AUGGAAGGCGAUAUAGAGCUGGAUAUUUGGCAUGGAGAUUGGGGCUUGCCUACAGUCGAGCCUAAAUGUUUAGCUGUGCUGACUUACUGUAAAUUCUCAGGAGUUCCAGUAAUUGUUAGAAAAACAGGAAAUCCCCUAAAAUCUCCCUCUGGAGAGCUUCCUGUACUUCGACAUGGUAAUGAAAUUCAGGGUACAACGGAGGAUAUUUUAAACUAUUUACGGGAACAUCAAUGGGGUUGUGAUAACAAACUGUCCAAUAUUCAAUGUGCUGACACAAUAGCAUUCUGUUCUCUUCUCGAAGAGAAGCUGUUGCCUGCAAUUCUUCACUUAUGGUGGAUAGAUGGCAAGAACUACAUUGAUCUCACUCGACCAGGUUUUGCUAAGGCAUCACCCUUCCCCUUAAACUUCAUCCUGCCAGGAAAUAUGCGCCGUAAAGCAAGACUAAGAAUAUACUCUAAAAAUGGUGAAAAUGUCACAGAUGGAGAAGUUGAUUUGAGAAUUUACAAGGAUGCAAAGCAAUGUCUAAAUCUGCUUUCCAAAAAAUUAGGAAAUGCCCCAUUUUUUUUCGGUGACAGGCCUUCCUCUUUUGAUGCUUUUGUGUUUGGAUAUUUGGCUCCCAUCAUGAAGGCCCCACUGUCCAACAAUCAGUUACAGAGUCAUUUACUUGCCUGUCCAAAUCUCACUCACUUCUGCAAACGGAUAUUAAAAGAUUACUUUCCAAAUGAUAUAUAUGAGAAUGAGAAAAAGAAGGAGAAUACAAAGAAACAAAUGAGUGGUUUGGCUGAGGACAACCCGAACAAAACAAAGAACAUGAUCUUGGCUGGCAUUUUUGCUAUCACAGCCAUGGUUGGCUAUGCCUUUGCAAUAGGCCUCAUCCAAAUUGAACUGAGCGAUAAGGAAUCUGAGGAAGAAGAAAAUCCAGAAUUGCACAAAUCGCAGCCAGAAACUGAUAAGCAUCAUGAAAACCAGCAAACCUAUGAGCAAUUUGAACCUCUCUUUGAAGAACCAGGAGGAGAGGAAUGA